CCGGCCGGUCUUGGCCGGUCCCUCCCGGCAUCCUCCGCGCGCGGCUGAGCUUUCAGGCUCAGGGAGGAAAGGGGCUGCCUUAUUUUCUGCCCCCAGCAGAGAUGAACAGUCGGACAGGAGGAACGACGGGAUCGGGAGAGGAGGGCCCGUCCCCGGCGUCGGGGGAUUGCUGCCAUGUUGACGUCUAAGAUAAGUGACCUCGCCCCGGGGGCGGACAGGCUGAACCAUGAAAACCCUUACGCCGCCAAGUACGAAGCGAAGAUGAAUCUGCGUUCUGUAUUUACUGUAGAACAACAAAGGAUUUUACAGCGUUAUUAUGAACAUGGAAUGACAAAUCAGAGUAAAAAUUGCUUUCAGCUCAUAUUACAGUGUGCCCAGGAAACUCAGCUGGACUUCAGUGUAGUCAGGACUUGGGUGGGCAACAAAAGGAGGAAAAUGAGCAGCAAACCGGCCGAGUCCGGGGCCACCCCGCCCGGGCCGGCGGCCGGCACCCCGCCGACGCCGCCGGACCGGAACGCGGCCCGGCCCCCCGGCCCGCAGCCCCCGUGGACCCCCCCGGACGGCGACGUCGUGGUGACGGGCAUCUACGGGCCGGCCGGCUCUUCGGGAAGGGCCAAGGCGACGGAGAUCCACAAGCUCCCCGUCCAGAGGACCCCCGGGAAGGCCGACCCGGAACUUGGAGCCCCCCUCCCCGGGUCCCGGCAGGCGGCCCACGGCAAGGGCGCCUCGCUGCUUCUGGGCGAGAAGGCCAUCAUCUUGUCGCGGCAGAGCGGCGUGCCAAACGCCGCCAACCCCGGCUACGGCCACCACGCCAAGAAGAGCUACGGGGCCCCCCCGGGGCCCGACGUGGCCCCUCAGAAGCCCGGCGGGGGCGGCCACCGGCCUGGCAAAGCGGAGCCGGCCGGGGGGCCGAGGCCCCCCAAGCCCGAGUACGCCAGCCUCGCCGCCCACGGCCCCUGCGCCGCCCCGAACCUGGAGAUCCGGGAGGUGUUCUCGCUGGCCGGGACCGACUGCCCGCCGAGGAUCCCGGGGGGGAGCGCGGCCCAGAGGCCCGGCUCCCGGGAAGGGAGCUGCCUGUCCAUCGCGAUGGAGACGGGCGACGUCGACGACGAGUACGCCCGAGAGGAAGAGCUGGCUUCCAUGGGGGCGCAGCUCCAGAGCUACUCGAGGCUCUGCGAGGGCGGCGGCCCGCGCGUCGAGCACCAAAGUCCGCAGCGUCCGCCCGGCCCGGGCCGUGGCACCGGCUGCGCUUCGCUGCUGGGGAACGCCAGAGACUUACCCGACGGUGCCCUGUACCCUCAGCGGGACUUCCAUUUGCCCCCCCGGACCUCACUGCACAGCGGACCCGGCACGAUGUACAGUGGCUCGCACGCGGCCCGCCCCGGUUUUUCCCCUCACUUCGCCCCGUCCAACCAACUGAGGCUGACGCCAAACCAAAACAACUACCAGAUUUCAGGAAACCUUACUGUGCCUUGGAUUACAGGGUGUUCUAGAAAGAGAGCACUCCAGGACCGCACCCAGUUCAGCGACCGAGACCUGGCCACCCUCAAAAAGUACUGGGACAACGGCAUGACCAGCCUGGGCUCCGUGUGCCGGGAGAAGAUCGAAGCCGUGGCGGCCGAGCUGAACGUGGACUGCGAGAUCGUGCGGACCUGGAUUGGGAACCGAAGAAGAAAGUACCGCUUAAUGGGGAUUGAAGUCCCACCCCCGAGAGGCGGCCCCGCCGACUUUUCCGAGCAGCCCGAGCCCGGGCCGAAGCCCGCCGUGACCCCCGGGGAGGAAGUGGGGCCGGACCACGGGGAGGAUAACGACCGGAAUGACGAGGUGUCCAUCUGCCUGUCGGAAGGAAGCUCUCAAGAAGAAGCCAAUGACGCUAUUGCACAUGAAGAAGGCAGGCAUAAGGGGGAAGGCCAUCCCGAAGCAACCUCCGACAAUGUGAAAAUAGAAAUCAUCGACGACGAAGAGAGCGAUAUGAUCAGCAAUUCCGAAGUGGAACAGAUGAAUUCCCUGCUGGAUUAUAAGAAUGAAGAGGUCAGGUUCAUCGAAAAUGAACUGGAGAAUCAAAAGCAAAAAUACUUCGAACUGCAGACUUUUGCCCGAAGCUUGAUCCUGGCCGUCAAGUCCGACGACAAAGAGCAACAGCAGGCCCUGCUGUCCGACUUACCUCCCGAAUUAGAAGAGAUGGAUUUCAGCCAAGCCUCCCCGGAGGCCGGCGACACCUCAUUCAGCUUGUCUUCUCCGUCGGAGAAAUGACGCUUCCGACCGGCUGACCGCGCGACCGCGGGGUGCGGGGGGGAGAGGGCCGGGGGGCCGCGCCGCAGAAACCCGGGGGUCGCCGGUCCAGUUGAAGGGGGAACCCCAAGGAGAAGGGAGCCACGGCUCUCAACGGGGGAAACGAGGGCUGCUCAAAGCGUUGGGUCCGGCUCUGGGGCGGCAGCGGAGGCCUCCCCGGAGGAUAACAUCCGUUUGCAUCUUAAACUCGAACCGCCCGAUGUCUGAAGCGGUGGGGAGGGGGGCUACCCCUCUGAUAGACGCAUCCGUCUCCCGGGCGGUAGCCGGAAUCGGGUGCCCAAGAGUGGAAGGGCCACGGACCGUCCGGUUGGGCUGCCCGGGGGCCAGGUCGGAAGCCCGGGGGAAUCGGUUCAGCUCCCUGAACCCCCUCUUCGUCUCCGUGGCUCCUCCUGCCCCCACAACGUUUUACUCAGGAAAGCGGACUGAACGGUGGAACGAGCGAACGAAGAACCAGGCACGGAUCUGGCCAACCACGGGGAGACUGGAAGGAUCCGAGGGCCAGCGCGGAACCGGAAAAGUGCUUCACGGAACGUGUCACUGUAAAUUGUUGAUGUCCUCCCAUUACCUUACCAAAAUGUCUUGAGAAAACACUGUGGAAGAUGAAGUGGGUUCCCUUAAGCCCAAUAAAUUAUUCGUGUAUAGAAGCGAAAGCAUCAAUGUUGUAAAGGCCCUGCCCAGGAACUCGUGAGCGCCGUGGGGCCGCCGUCUCCCAUCGUGAUUCUGAUCCGUUGCUCCCCCGGAGCCUCCGUCGCUCGGCUGCCCGCUCCGGGGACCGGACGGGCCCUGGGCUUGGCCCCCGGACCGGUUGCCCGGCAGGGGCGGCCCCUCUGCUCGGUCUCUGACCGCUUUGCCCGCUUUCUCUGUCACACUUCCCCUCCCCGACAGCAGCUUGGCCGAGACCGGCGGACAGUCGAGCUCCCGGGUUCGCCGCUCUUCCCCGAGCCACAUGGGAUCAGGUGUCUCCCGGCGAGGAGGAGCAGGACUGCGCCGACGACAGGGCGUCCCCGGGGCCGGAAUCUGCCCGCACCCGAGCGAGCUCGAGACUUGGGAUCGACCAUUGACGGGGUCCGUCGUGAAACGGCUUCUGCCUGGUGACCCGGGAUCGGCGUGGGGUUAGACGCUCUCCGACGCACGAGGGCAGAAGCCGAUGGUCCAGACGGGCGAAAGACGCGAGGGCGGAAUCCUGGAACUUAGGGAAACUGAAUGACACUCGACUUUUUCCCUUCACGCAUCGCUUAAUUUUGUCAAAUCGUCUGAUUUUUUUUCCCCUUGAGCCCCAACUAGCCUCUCUUUGGACGACGGACGACCUGUUGGUUCGCCUUGGCUCAGAUGCGCUUCCGUCCUUGUCCUCGGUCUACCCUCGCCGGCCUUUGCCUUUCCAUCCCUCCGAGAGGCUCCGAAGGCAUGGUCCCUCCAGAAGCGUGAAGAUCUCGCCGACCAAGCCCCUCAGCCCUGGGCCUGCCUUCAGCUCCACCCUGCUCAGCCCCGUCCAAGCGGACAAGAAGACGGCCGUCGCCUCCGGACAAGAGGAGACAAGAAAGGAGGGCCGGGCACCCUCCUCGUUGCCCCCGCAGUCGCGUCGGUGCUGACCAAGCGGAUCUCAGGGUCCGACUGGAGCACGGGAUCCGCGUUCCUGCUCAUGAGGAGCCUUUGGGUCAGCGGGCGAAGACGUCGCUCGCUUUGGCAGCCGGAAUAGCUCCGCCGCCAUCUCCGGGGGGCUUCUCCCAGUCUGUGGCAUCCGCCGGGGGACCCGGGAGGAUGGAUGGAUCCACGUUGCUGGUGCCUGUCGAAGCGGUGAGAUCCGCCCUCCCACAGCUGGGAUGGAUCCCGGAGGGACUCGGGGGCAGGCCGGAGGAUGGGGAGGGCAGAGGAGGAUGGGACGCAGAGGGGCCUCUGGCUUCACGGAGGAUGCACAGAGCCGGACCGUGUGGCCGUAGAGGAGAGGAGCCCCCCCAAUUCUACGGGGCUGGCUCCCCCUUCUCCUCCGGUCCCCACUCCGCCCCGUCAUUCCUGCAGAGAUCCCCUCGCCUUUCCGCUCCUCGCAGCCGCUGACCGUCGCUGCGGGGCAGCGGCCGUCUCGCCCUGGGGAAGGAGCGCCCGACGGCUAUUUUCCAAACUCCCGAUAGAUCGUCUUGAGGCUAGAGGUCCGGCCAGCCGGUCCCCGGGAGGCAUCAAUCUGUGCCACCCUGCGUUGCCCAACUUAUCCGGGUUCUCCCAACCCUCCUGAGUCGGAAGGGAGGACCGACUCGCCCUCUCCCCUCGACAGCGGCCCGAGACCAAGGCUCCCUAAGAACCCGGGCCCGAAAAGAGGGCACAGGCGGAAGCCUCCCGGUUGGCAGAGAAAGCAACCAACCCACCCGCUGUUGGGUAGGGACCGUCUCUAUGUGUUGCCAACUUGUACUUCCCAAGCGCUUAGUACAGUGCUCUGCACCCAGGAAGCGCUCAAUAAAUACGAUCGGAUGAAUGAAGAGUAGCAGAAUCACCCCACUGCGGAGCGGGGCCGGAGGAGGGGGGGUCUCUGCGCUUUUUGCCGCCGCCCCCCUCUCCGUUGGGGCUUCCUUAGCUUUGACUGUCGUGUCGUUGUGGUCUGUGAAUCAUCCCCCGCCUCCCACUCUCCACGUACCUACCUCUGAAACACACCACCACCUUAAGCCAGACCAGACUGUAAUGUGAACUUUUGUAGGGUUUUUAUUUAAAGUUUUUAUAGGCAAUAAAAUGAUUUCCAACAAA